AUGAGUCAAGAGCAGAAACUUAUCCAGCCAGAGACUAGCCUGGUAAAGUAUCGAAACCCCCAGCGCAUCGCCAAGAAGACAGAGGAUGGAAAGGCCAGUGAGGGAUUCGAUCCAAGGGCCGCAUGCAGAAUGCAAUCAACGGAGAGCAUCUUAUCGAGUAUAAUGCCACCACGGAGAAUAAAGAUAAAGGAUGAAAUAUUUAUUCAAGAGGUGUCGUCUUCACCAGCCUCCAGGAUUGAAGUUGUGCAGCUAACACGACUCCUUGACCAACAGCUUGAGGCACGAGGGGCUAAAAUGACUGGCAUCUGCCCAGUGCGGCGGGAGUUAUUUUCACAGGUAUAGUACUAGUAACCACCCGAAAAUGUAUUUUCCGCAAGCUGUAAAUACGUCAGUGUAUACCCAUAAUUAUGGAAGGGGAGAUUUUUACUAUGUUGAAAUGUAUAGUGGGAGUAAUCAUAACUUGCACUUAGGCGAUCAACGCAGUCGAUCAGGCUAACAAUGCCACCAUAGUGACCGCAAAUGAUUGAUGGAAGCGAAAUUAUGGUCGGUCUGACUAACAGUGCACCAUGAAAAUUUGCAGUCCAAGGACCAGAAACGUCCCGGAAACUUUGAUUAGUACUCGAAGAUGUUGUAUGCGAUUGGCUGAAUGAAUUCAUUAGACUAUGAUUUGUUAGAAUAGGUUAGAUAUGACUUCUCCACGCCUCUCGACGGCUGGGGUUUGUUAAAACGCCGAAAGGAGCACCUAACAAGUUUUCCAAUUAAAUAUUAGAGUUCACAAGCGACUUCUUCCAGUGUUUUCCUUACCAGGUUUGGCAGAACGAUAAGAGGUUUCAAGUAAACUAUCCAGCUCUCUACAAAAGCACUGACUGUAUUACAUUACGUAAUUGAAAAUCGAGGAGGUUAUUUGUUUAACCAUUCUAAUUAACCGUCGGUGUCAUUAUAAUAAUCAAGGCAUAGACCCGCAUCGGCAGGAGAAUAUUCAGUCGAAUACUGCACUGUGGAGUCUGAAUAAAAAGGUACGAUCCCACAGCAAUUUCUUUAUCAUCUUAGCGCUAUGAAACCAAACAUCCUUCCAUCAUCGGAGACAUGUAUGCAUACGGCCUGGCAAACUGCAGGAAUUAGUGCUCAAUGGCUAAUUAGUGCUUCAUUUGCGUGCCAAACCUAGUGUCCAGCUGAAUGCGAGGCCGUUAGCAUGUCCCACGACCUCGGCAUCCUCGAAGACCAUAAGUAUAUUUGCGAAACUUUCACAAGAGUACGCCGCAAAUAACGACGAGUUUACCAUCUUUCCUACCCGGUGUGAUGAACCGCGAUCAUUUUAAAUUAGUUUAUGAUCAUGACACAGUGCGCGUUGAAGAAAGUGCACCAGGUCCGGCAAACGACAUGGAAGUUUCGCCUCUGGACCGGGGUACACUGUCCUCAUUAUUUUACGUAGAAUUUUUGUCGCUGGCCCAUGUGCAAUCUCGAUCAGCAGACUUUGCUGACAACGUGCGACCAGAUGGGGCGCGCAGCAAAAAUAUGUUAACGGUAGGCAAAAUGAUUGUUGACCGCCUUGAUCCGCCUUUGGUCCUCGGUCAAAGCUCAUCUGUACCCGGAGGCGCUGAGCUCUGUCACUGUUCUUCUCUUCCCGCCGCAGCGAAAAUCACAUCCAUAUAACCAUAUUUUCAAGAUGGGCGACAACUAUUCUCUCAUCUUCGAGCAUGGCGGUAUUGGCUGCCCUCUUGAGAACAGUCGACUUCCGUGUCUUCUUGCCAUUCGGUUAUACAAUGACUUAGUGAAAUUGAAGGUGUUGCCUCGCCCAUCAUUUUUCGUGUGAAGAGAAUUUCCUGGGAGAUGAAAUUAAUGCUUAUUUGGAAAUGAUCACAAACGGCCAGUCCAAAUAUCGUCAUAAAAAUUCGGUUUAGAUCUUAGUUCUUAAAGGUCAACCUUGAUGAGGAAUUAAAGGGGGGAACUCACGUCCGACUCCCAUCUACAUUAACAUACGACGAACAUAGCGAAGGUAAGUGUUAAAAGACAAAGAUAAAGAAAAUCGGAAUGGUAAUUAGGGGUGCAUAUACCGUCGUUAGGCAGUCAUAACCAAACUGCAGGUGGGAAGUCACCAAGUCGACUACUCUACUAGUCAAACCAUGGAUUCACUUACUCUACCCUCUGUAAUCGGGCAUAUUUGGGAACGCAAAACCAUGGCGUUCAUUGAUUUAGAAUCAUUAUAGAACAUAUAAUGAGCAUCCCAUUCCAUCUUCGCACUUAAAUACAGAGUCACCCUAGGCGCUACCAUAACAAAAGGUCCCGAUGGAAGCGGAGAGGCGUGUUUCAGAAAGCUGUUUAGAAGACGGAGAUGCGAUCAGUGGAACAAGAAAUGCAUUGGCCUGACGUUUCGGAUUCUCACCCAAACUCAUCAUCUGACACAGUCGCAGAAUGCCCAUAAAAGCGACAAAUACGACGCAAGUAAUAAACUUCCGCAGAAACCGUCCGAUCAGUCACAAACACAUUUGAGUAAAGGAGCUAUACCGGCGCCUUGAGACGCAUUGCCGUGGAACGGAAGAUAAAAUUGCUGAAUUACAAUAUAUUCGACGGGUACUGAGAGCCAAUGGCUACCCGCGCAUUUCUGUCAACCAGUGCAUACACAAACAAAACCAGAGACCAAAUUCAAUCAGCCCUAAUUUUUGGCGAGCUUUUCCAUACGUGAGGAAAGUCUCGGAAGUUGUCCUUCGUCUUCUCACUCCCCUUUGCAUUGGGGUUGCACACUCGCUGGAGGCUACCGUCAGGCGCGAAGUUAUGAGGCCGAAAGACCCACUGCCACUGCAGGAAACGCUAGGAAUAGUUUACCGGAUCUGGUACAGUUUCGGGCAAAGCAACUACGUCGGAGAAAUUGGGAAAUUACUCUGGACACGAAUGGCCGAGCGCACAACAGCGGUGAGGCGGGGAGACGCUAGCUCUCAGGUGGCGGCACACUCGACGCGACCCGGCCACAUUCUGAGGUUUAAAGAGGCCGAAAUCCUCGCAAGGGUGACAACCGCGUGAGCCGCGAGCUGCUCAAGUCAUGGUUCUCAGGCCCGCAAUCCAUCAACAAGCACAAUGACCUCCCGGUACCAUAUUCCGUUCUGAGGUUUUCCCUGGGCAGGAGAAUCAGUCACGUGGGGAGGUUGCGGGCGAGCAAUUAUCCCAGCGACAGCCCAUUUUCCGAGCGAUCGUCACACCAACAUCCAACACGGAUGACGAAAUCAUGGCAAGUAAUGACUCGGACGCGGACUGACAAGUCACUAUCGCAUCAAUUACGACUCCCAUCGGUGAUCGUGAGUGCUGGUAAUUACAGUAUGCAUAUGGUCCCACGGCAGCCAUGUGCUAUAAAUACUGCACUCCUCGUGCCGGCCUAACCUUUAUCUGCGACUGUCUCUGAUGAUGGAUUCCAGUGAGAAUCCGAAACGUCUCGCCAAUAAAAUUCUUGUUCAAUCGAUCGCAUAGCGAAGAUUGCUAACAGUUAAAAGGUAUUCACCGCGAAGACAACCGAUUAUUUGACCGAACACUUUCUGCAAAUAUUCCAUAAUCAGAUAGUCAACAUGACCUCAAUCCCCGCCGGAAGUGCAUGGUAUUUUAACCGAGUCAAGCCGGACAGUGAGACUAAACCCUUGUCACUAGAACAACGCCUCCAUUAUCUUUCGUGUGCAUUUAGAAUAUUUAGUCCUGUGAAGCGAAUUCUAUAUGAGAUGUCCGUUUUUCCCCUAUGCUGUCAACAUCCUGAAUUCUAGAUUGCGUAUUGAAGGUCAAACGAGACCGUUGCAUAUCAUCGGGUUCACCACUCCCUCACGUCAGCUGAAGCGUCAAGGACAGAUUUCCCAAAAGGAAGUAAAAGGUAGAAAAGGAGAUGGCUGAUUACGUGGGUAGUGAGGACAAUGCCUUCAGAAGCACAGUGUUAGCAGUCAAAAACGAUGAAAUCGCAAUGAUUGAGAUUCGAAAGAUAAGGCGGAUACUACGACCCUACGUUGAAGGACUCUCGGUUGCGCCCGUUGCAGCAUGAAAUCCUGAUAGGCUUGCAAACGCCAUUUUCAAAUAACGCUGCAUCUCCCGAUCUUGGACAAAUUACUUCAAUCCCCAUAUUUCAAGUGGAUGGAUUUGACUUAAGUGCCCGUUGAUCAUUUAACUCGUACUCAAACCUUGUAUGCGCCGGACUCUCGACCUUGCAUGUCUCUGUGCAACAAUAUCAAUCCUUGUAGGACGGUGGAAGAUGACAAACCACCAAUUGGCAGGGUGAUGGGAGAGAGGUUAGAGUAGGUACAGAAAUGCCAAACAAGGAGGAGGACGUAAUAUGAUCUAUUUCUGAAGUCAAGGGCAGGGAGGGGUGUCAGUCGUGUUUGUUUGUGCUUUGCCCCUCGUUACGCUGAAAGGUAGGAUCUGAUAAUACUUGUAAAUUCUCUGCUCUGUUUUUUACCUCUUCAUGUCUUAAAUAUAUGUUGCCGAUCCUUUGGCAAAGAGAUUGGAGCAGAAGAAAAGGUUUUAAGUGUUGUAAUGGAUUUUGAAUUGUUAUGCUACAGGUGCAUCAGUGAUUCUGAUGUGGAAGAUUGGACGAAGACUCCCCUUAUAAAUUAGUGCUGGAUAAGGACUUCUUGGCUUCCAGACAUAAAGAGAUCCAUAAGGUAACGGUCUGUGUCCGUUUAAUAGGUGUCCGAAUCCAAUUACAAUAAAUCAGGCGGAGAAUUAAGUUCUGAUUGAGAGAGAGUCAUGUCUUGUCGAUUUCAACGAUGUCGUAUGAAGUACAUGAUCCCGACUGCCUCCGUAUUUCAGCGUUUUUUCAACUGACUAAACUUUAACGGUAAACUCGAGUGAAUGACCUCCACCGUUACCUAACCAUGCGACAAUGAGCUCCGGGGAAUCUGUAGGUCACAAGUUAAGCCUCAAGAAACAAAACAAUUCGGCCGGCUUUCAGAAAAACAGAUCAUACGCAACUGACAGUGCUUUUAAACUACUACUCUCACACGAAGCCUUGGUGACAUUUUCUGAGGGACGAUGUUGGUUCUCGAAGGGCCCUAUAAAUAUGGUUUAUCGGUUGCUAUUUUUUAGACUCUAUGGGCAAACUCUUUGAUGAGAAGUGACUUACAGGCGAAUAAGCCGGCGCUCCCGAGAAUCACGUCAUCUACUCGAGAGCGCUUCCCUGAUAUAUGUGUUCUUGGCUGUUUGUAUUAGUCUCAAUCAAGUACGGGUCUUUUCCGCUGCUUUCUUGCCAGGGAUUAAAUUGAACGGUGAUUAUGACACAACAACCCCUCCAGCGUGUACUUUGAUAUUACCACGUAGUGCUUACAGAGAUUGUGUCAUAUCCGGCGGACGUCCACUUAUUUCACAUACAGGCUUUGAUCCAAUCUGUAACGGGUCUGUCUGCAGGAAAAUGUCAGAAGGCGUUUUAUCGACUAUAAUCCUAUUUGCAUAUGUUGAUAACAGGAAGAGAAGAAGAAAAGACAAAAAAUCCGCCCAGAACUGUUUCUAAAGUACGGUUUUGAAUAAAUUGAUCCACAGAGUUACAAUUUCAAAUUCUGUCCUUGGAACAGGCCUAGAAAAACUUGUGUGUAAACCGGGGCGCGGAAAUUCUAGGCCGUGGCGAAGUACCGAACUCUUGCAUCAUAAUGUCUAGGACACUCCUGCCAAAUUCAAACGGUACCACUGUCAUUAAAUUCAGUCAGAUGAUGCAUGAGGCUCAUUUUAUGCAGUUAUUUUUGGAGAAAUUGCCUACUUUCCGAGGAAAUUUUAUAAAGCGGAUGGUAUCAUGAAUUGAAAGUAUUAUCAUUUUGAGAAAUGAAAUAUCAAUAGUGAUAAAAUCUUUAUUUUACAAACGAUGUUUGUAUGUGAAAUUAAAUAUGAUAGGUGGUAUUUUCAGUGCCAAAAGCAAUGUUUUUGCAGGAGCCUUGCUAACAACAGUGAAUACAAAAUGAACAAGUGCUGGGUUUCAUAUGAAAAUUUUCCUGCAUGCAUAUGAACAAAUACGAGUCAAUUCCCCACAAAUAUCGGUUUUUCGGACUAGCUGAUAUAUUUAUUAGUUACGAAAGUAUAAGUAAUGAUUUCAGCUAAUGUUUUUUUCAGUUUCCAUCUCUCCGCUAUAUGUGUUUCAGUUAUGUCUCAUCACAAACGCCACGCUGUUUUCAGGUUUUUGACGAACUCAUUCGACAGCUGACCAUCCACUGUGCUGAACGUGGCCUCCUUUUGUUGCGAGUCCGCAACGAGGUUGCCACAACAAUAGCAGCACUCCAAUCAAUCUACGCCUCGGGCGUGGUCUUUGGUCUGCAGAAGUCCCUGGCCCGGGAGGCGGAUCGUAACCGCCAGGAGAACCGAGUGGUGGAGCUGGAGAACGAGAUUGCACAGCUGAAGAAGCGCGUAAAGGUGGAGGCGCUUAAUUCGCGCGCACUGGAGGAGAAGGAGGCCAAUCGCCUGGCCGCCGCUACGCGGAGGGCUGAGGAAGAUGUGAAUUUUUUGCGGAAGGGCCACGAACAACUGAAGGCCCAACUGGAGGAUAUUCUCAACCAGUUUAAAAUAUCGGCAAUCUAG